AUUAUAGUCAUAUGUUUGUUAGUUUGCUCUACCAAUCUUUCACUUGAGAUUGAGAGUUUCAAACCAAACAUAACGUUUUCUAUGGCAUACCAAAACCCUCCUUCGAUUACAAUCUCAGAUCCUGAAGCACAGGAAAUUACUCCUACUGCUGCUGCUGCUGCUACCACCUCACAAGCCAAUGGGUUCACAGCCAAAGUGGUAGUGAACAAAGUGAAAACCAACUUGGUUUUUCAUUCAAAAUGGGGUGAACUUAAUGGUGCCAUGGGUGAUCUUGGCACCUAUAUACCAAUAAUUUUGGCCUUGACUCUUGCUAGGGACCUCAACCUUGGCACCACAUUGAUAUUUACUGGUGUGUAUAAUAUCAUAACUGGUACCAUUUAUGGGGUCCCUAUGCCGGUCCAGCCCAUGAAGUCCAUUGCCGCCGAAGCCUUGUCUGAUACAGGCUUCGGCGUGCCGGAGAUCAUGGCUGCCGGUAUACUAACCGGCGGCACGUUGUUUGUUUUGGGUGUGACAGGGUUGAUGCAGCUUGUGUACAAGUUGAUUCCUUUGAGUGUUGUGAGGGGGAUUCAACUAGCACAAGGUUUGUCAUUUGCUUUAACAGCGGUUAAGUAUGUGAGGAACAAUCAAGACUUGCCAAAGUCUAAGUCUUCGGGUUCUAGGCAUUGGUUUGGGUUGGAUGGGUUGGUUUUGGCCAUUGUUUGUUUGUGUUUUAUUGUGAUUGUGAAUGGGGCUGGUGAGAAGAAUCGUGGGUGUUGUGCUGUUGUGGAAAGAGGUGAUGAUUUGGGUGAACAAAAGGAUGUUGAGAGUGAAAGAAACAGGACAAGCAGGGUGAGAAAGAUCAUUUUCUCACUACCUUCUGCUUUUAUUGUGUUUGUGGUGGGUGUGGUCUUGGCCUUCAUAAGAAGGCAUCAAGUGGUGCAUGAAAUCAAGUUUGGACCUUCCUCUAUAGAAGUGGUGAAGUUCUCUAAGCAUGCAUGGAAGAGAGGUUUUGUGAAGGGUACAAUUCCCCAACUUCCAUUGUCAAUUUUGAACUCUGUAAUAGCGGUUUGCAAAUUGUCAUCAGAUUUGUUCCCAGGAAAGGAUUUUUCAGCCACUUCAUUGUCAGUGACAGUGGGGUUGAUGAAUUUGGUUGGUUGUUGGUUUGGUGCAAUGCCAUGUUGCCAUGGUGCUGGUGGACUUGCAGGGCAAUACAAAUUUGGUGGUAGGAGUGGUGGGUGUGUGGCACUUCUUGGUGCUGCCAAAUUGGUGUUGGGUUUAGUGUUGGGAACUUCUUUGGCACACAUUUUACAGCAGUUUCCUGUGGGGAUCUUAGGUGUGUUGCUGCUAUUUGCUGGAAUUGAAUUAGCCAUGUGUGCUAGGGACAUGAAUACUAAAGAAGAUUCCUUUGUGGCGCUUAUUUGCACCUCAGUUUCACUUGUGGGAUCAAGUGCAGCUCUUGGCUUUUUGUGUGGAAUGAUUGCUUAUGUGCUUCUUAAGCUAAGGAAUUGGACAAUGGAUAAACCACUUUCUACCAUUUGGAUGCAGAAAAGCCCGGAGCAAGCAUGAAGAAAGGGUGUAAAUAUAUUUAUAUUUGCUAUAUUGCAUGCAUAUCUAGUGCUCUUAAUUUGUCUGUAAAUAAGUCA